AUGGCUGGAAAGGGACAGGGCUCCGGCGGCACCGCUGCAGAGCCCCAGAUCAUCAAAGUGACAGUGAAGACCCUCAAGGACAGGGAGGAGUUUGCCGUGUGGGAGAACAGCACCAUCGCAGACUUUCGGGGUGAAAUCGCCAAGCGCUUCCGUGCUCCCACCAACCUGCUCCUCUUGAUCUUUGCUGGGAAGAUUGUGAACGACCGAGAUACUCUCAGCCAGGCCGGGAUACAGGAUGGAUUCACCAUCCACCUUGUCAUCAGGCCACAAACGAGAGCAGAGGACCAGGAAGCUCAGCAAACGAACGCCAGCACGCAUGCUGCCACCCUCCCUGCACCACCCAACGGCACGUCCCUGGGCAGAGGCGCUCCUGGCUCAGCUGGACUGGCAGAUCUGAGCGUGCUAGGUGGGAACGCACCCAGCAUUUUAGGUGUCCUAAAUGAGCUCCAGCAGCUGCAGGUGAUCAACCCCGAGAUGAUGCUACAGAUUUUGGAAAAUCCCUUUGUCCAGAGCAUGCUGUCAAACGCCGACCUGAUAACACGGUUCUUAAGGGAAAAACCCCUGUUCCAGCAGUUUGUGCAGCAGAAUCCAGAGGUCAGACACAUCUGGAACAACCCAGCCCUCCUGCGAGAAAUGAUCGAGUUCAUUAGGAACCCAGCGAUGAUGCAGGAAAUACUGACAAACAGGAGCCAGACUAUGCUGCUGGGUGGAGACAAAAGUUGCAUCCCCCAUCGCAACCAAGGCACUGACGUUGGGGGUAUUCAUGUCAGCAACAGCCCAAACUGCAGUAUGGGGCAGAGCCCCUGGGUGCCGCCUGGGGGACCUGGAGUCGCAGCUGGGAUGUGUAACCCGCCUGAAAUGCAGAACGCCUUGCAAAAGAUACCCAGGAAUGCCCUGUCUUUCCAGAGCGUCCUGUCUGUCUCCCACAUGAGGAAUAUAAUGCAGGCCCUGAGCCAGAAACCCAGUCUCAUUGUGCACUUCAUGCUGAGUAACCCCCGGUUCGUUGGUAUCCCGCAUCCCCGACAAGAAGUAGCACGGGAGCUCCAAGCCCUCCUCCAGCUGCUGCACAGGCCAGACAUGCUGUUAGUGAUGGCAAACCCGAGAGCCACCAAGGCUCUGUUCCAGAUUCAGCAGGGUUUCCAGACCCUGGGGAUGGAGGUGCUAAGGUUCGCCCGAGGCAGCGCUCCUGGCUCAGGGGCAGCGGGAAGCCCUGCCGAUGGCAGAGAAGUACCCAGGACUGGUUCUGAGCCACGUGAGAAUGCAACCCCAGCAGCAGGAUCAGCCAAGUCGGAGUGCCAGCCCUGUAACAUGGGGCAAAUCGCACAGGGUCUUGGUCAAGCAAGCCCCCCGCUUCCCCAAACUCCUGAAGCCCAAUUCCAGCAGCAGCUGGAGCAGCUCUACGUAAUGGGUUUCCUGAACCACGAAGCCAACGUACAAGCUCUGAGAGCAGCAGGAGGAGACAUCAAUGCUGUGAUAGACAAACUACUGGGGCAGUGGGGUCCCCCAGCGGUCUGUAUUGCGACCACUACUCUUCAACAGAUUCAUAAGUGA